GUUAAGAUUUCAUACCGAUAUUAAUAACAUGAACAAUUAUAAUUUGUACUGCAAUGAAUUUGGGUUAACUGUAUGUAGGUUAUGAGACAUUGAUUAUUAGGAUAUUUAUACGGACUCAAUUUACAACGUUAACAGAUACUACGCCGACUGUGGAAAUGGAGGACGUCGAGGAAAUUAUAACCUGUUCUAUAUGCAUGGAGAUAUUCAAUUCACCUCGGGUUUUGCCGUGUCAACAUACAUUCUGUGAACAUUGCCUAUCGAGUUUUAUAAAGAAUGAAGUAGAAAGUAAGAAAUCAAAUAAGAAGAUAGUUUCAUGCCCACUUUGUCGCACUGUUACGGUUAUUAAGAAAGCACCAUAUGAUGGAACAGCCUUUCCAAAGAAUUUGACUGUUGUAGCACUGAUGGAUUCAUCUGCUGUGCAAGGUAUGAUUUCAGAGGGAAAAUCUACCGACGAACCUAAAGAAAGGCUUGACAGCGAACAGAAGGAAGACGUUUUGUGCUGGUUUGAAACAAACUAUGCUAACGCGCCGUUUCCGAAACUUAUUUUGCGCAUUGCAAAAUACAUAUUCUUGAAUUUGUGUUAUUCAAAGGCUAAAAUAAUCCGAUGUGUGUUUGCCUAUUUACUUUUGUUGCUAAAUGUCUUCAUUUACUCAUACGGGCUCGUUAUACUGCUAAACAAUAACUGUUGGCUGGUAAUAUUUAUAUUAUAUUUCGUUGGAAAGUCUCUAUAUUGUUUGUUGAAAAAGAUGUUUUAUUUGAUGAGAUCUAAUAAUUCAAUUGAAAUUCGAAAACUAUUACAAUUACAUAUUCUACUAUCUUUGGUGGAAACCGCUGUUAUUCUUGUACUCAUAUGUUUUGCUUUAAUUCUCGUUUUUGCUGUUUGGACAUUUCUAUCCCUUUCAUUGAUAUGGUACACUGAAUAUAACAAAAUGGGUCAGCCCGUGUGCGUUAAAUUCUGGGAAUUUGAGUUUAAUAUUUUCAAAAGGAAACUACAGAGUCUGUCGCGUACUCAGUUACAGGUUAUGUGUGACUGGAUUCAAGCCGUUCAAAGCCAUAUCAUUCAUGGUAUAAGCCAUUUCUUAUGGAAGUGAUUUGUAAAAAUUGUCUGAAUAAUAAAACCUCAUAAGUGAGCGUGUCACGGACAUUAUAGCAAUAACAGUUGAUAUGUGACUGGAUUGAUUCAGGGGCGGAUUAGAGAGGGCGUAAAUUUAGGGCGCAAUCUUUUGUCAUGUGACGGUCACGCAGACCCGAAAUUUAUUUGGUUUAAAAUACUUGCUGUGGAUUUUAACAAUUUCUAUUGCGAAAUGGUGCAUUAAUGGCGUA